AUGGCUGAGCCCCUUUGUGGGGGUGAGCGAGACGCCGGGGGGCUCCUGGGGCAGGAGGGGCUGCGGCCUGCCCCGGACCCCCCCCCAAUUCCCGCAGCCCCUGCGGAGCCGUGCCCAGGGGUGACCCUCAGCGACAGCCUGCUCCUCGCCCGCGGCCGCCCCAGCGGCACCGUGCGCCUGGACCGGGAGAACAUCUGCUGCAUCGGCAGGAGCCGGGGAACGGGGACCACCCUCAGCCUCUACCUGCAGCAGGUACGGAGCUGGGGGCAGCCUGAUCGGGGGGCACAGGGACCCCCGGACCCACCACGGGGGUCUCUGAGCCCCCCCAUUCCAACCCUCCUGGAAUUCCAGUGUUCCCAAACCCAUACGAGGACACUCAGGGCCCUGAAUUUUGGGGUCUCUCCGUGUCCCCCCACCCCAUUCCCUCCCCAGAAUCUCCUGGGUUGCCCCCAGGGUUGGUUGGAGCAGGGAUUCAAUCCCAGAGCGUUCCCAAAAUGGGAAUUUUCACUCAGCAGGCAAAAUAAAAACCACGGGGGUUCUUCCUAUUUUAUUUUCCAGAACCAAAUUGAGAAGAUCGAGAAUUUGGAGUGUUUCCCCAACCUGAGGUUCCUCUGCCUGGCUGGGAACCGCAUCCAGAGGGUGGAAAACCUGCAGGGGCUGCCCCAGCUGAGCGUCCUGGACCUGUCCCACAACCUGAUCCAGGUGCUGGCCACAGAGGAGCUGCCCCGCAGCCUCCGGAUCCUGGAGCUGGCAGGGAACCCGUGCACGCGGCAGGAUGGAUACAGGGAUCGGGUGCUGGCAGCCCUGCCCCAGCUCCUGCAGCUGGAUUCCCAGCCCGCCCAUGGAAACGCGGCCGAGGAAGGGGCGGGAGGCGGCUCCUGCAGCAGCGAGGAGGAGGAGGAGGAGGAGGAGGAGGAGGAUGAGGAGCUGCUCCCUGAGCUGAGGGCUCCCUUCACUGUGGACAGAGGUUUCCUCGCGGGCGUGCAGCGGGAGCUGGCGGGGCGGGCGCGGUGGAGGCGCUCCGUGAGCCGCGAGGAGCACCGGGCGCGGCUGGAGGAGCUGCGGGAGCGCCGGGCUCUGCUGCUGGGCGCGGGGUGGGACAGCACAGCCCGGCCGUGUCCCCAGGGGGAGCCAGGGGCACAGCUGUCACCUCUGCCGGCGUCCGGCGGGUCCCAGCCAGCUCCUGGCGCCAUCCAGCCCCCAGGCGAGGCUCUGGAGAAGGAGACUCGUGCCAAAGGAGCAGGAAAUGGGCAGUUAUCCCAAAUAUCCUGCAGCAGCAGCCGGGAAUAAAGACUUUCUUCCCACCCCAGUCCAUGUGGAUGCCUCCCUGAGGGGCUGGAAACGGGGGAAAGCACACACGGGGCGGUGGGCAGGACCCCCAAUCCCACCCCACAUCCCUGUCCUUCCCCUUGCACCUCAUUCCAGCCUGAGGCCACCUCCCAGUGCUGCAGGCUGAACUGGGGGCUGGGACCCCCGGAGGGAUCAGGAAGAGUCAGGGUCAGACUCUGGGAACGUUCUGUGAUUCCCUGUCCGUGAAAAACGCCGUGGGGGAAGCCGA